AUGGAUCCCAAAUUGUUCUUGGCAGAAAAUGUGCUCAAUGAGAGGCGUCUUAUCACGUAUCGCUCAUUGAGCCGGGCUCUAAAGGUCCAUGCGAACCGUGCCAAACAACUUCUCUAUGAAUUCCACCGCAACGAAAAUAGGAAGAAACCCGGAAGCGUGCAUGCCACCUAUGUGAUCACCGGUAUCCAAAGCUCCCCGAGCACAUCUGCCACGGCCACCAACGGCAAUGUGAAAGACGAAGAUGAAGUGAUGCAAAGCAGCCCUUGCCUCCCCAGCUCGAUGCUGAAUCAGCAUUCCACUUCUCAGCCCGCGCGCUUUACGGCAGUCAUACUAGCUCGAGAGGAGGAUCUAGAUGAGGCGAAAUCUACGUUUCACUCCAUUUCCACAAUUCACGUCUACAGUAUCCAGUCAACGAUUCUUCAGGACCUUAAUGUGCUGGUGGAUGUGGCUAGGGAAGUUGCAAUAACCCAUGCCCAAGAUGACCCUUUGGAGUGUGGAAAGCAGUGGGGCAUGAUCCAGAAUUGCAAUGUUAAACGGAGAACUGGAGCUCGUCCGCCACCACCAGCCCCGUCCAAGACCGAACCCAAAGCUGCCCCCAAAGUCAAGCCCGAGCCAACGAUUCCUGCCAAGAGGCCCCUACAGAAAGAAUCCUCCAUUAAAGAGGAAUCUAAGGCCCAGCCUUCUUCCGCGAAUGAUUCUGAUGCUUCAUCUAAGUCAGGCAGGCCGAUAUCCAAGCAUGAGAAGGGCAGUUUGUUUAGCUCAUUCGCUAAGGCUAAGCCCAAGGCAAAGACUGCAAAAGCUCCAGAACCGGUCGCACCUCCUCCCGGAGGAGAUAUGGUUAUGGACGAUGCCUCUGAGGAAGAACAGGAGGAGCUAUUCCCCAAUUCUGGAGAAAGGUCUGCUAGCGAAAUUCGUGAACGCAAAAAAGAACGCGAAGAAAAGCUCAAACAGAUGAUGGAGGAUGACGAUGCUGAUGAUGAAGAAAUGCCCGAUGUCGAUGAGGAAGAGUCGGCACGAGAGCCAACCCCUGUGGAGCAACCGCCACCACCCAAGCCCACCGAGCUAAAGGAAGAAGUGACUGUACAAGGGGGACGUCGGCGGGGUAAGCGACAGGUCAUGAAGAAGCGUACGAUGAAAGAUGAGGAAGGUUUCCUUGUAACUCGGGAAGAGCCGACAUGGGAGUCAUUCUCCGAAGAUGAACCGGCACCACCUAAAAAGAAGCCUGCAGUCAACGUACCCAAGGGCAAGGGACCUAAAGCAGGACAAGGGAACAUUAUGUCUUUCUUUGGAAAGAAAUGA